GCUGAGGUUGGGUGAGGGAGGGGCUGAGGGUGGGGACGCGCGGGGCCCCACCCCCUCCCUGAGGGCCCGCGGCUGCCUGGCGACCGGAAGGCGGCGGCCCCGGCUGGGAUCCCGGCCGCUCUCGGGUGCUACCCCGCGCGGGCUCCUCCUCCGCUGCCGCCGUCGCUGCCCAGCUGGCUGCUGUCGGGGCUGGGCGGACCCUGCUGCCCCGUGGAGCGAGCGCUGGCCCGGGGCCGGCUGGGCGGCAGCACCCCUCACACCUGAUGUGGCGCCCCCAAAUGCAGCCGGUGCGGGCGGCAGCCUGGGACCGAGCCUUGGGCCCGUGAGCACGGCCGGGCCCGCACCCGGAGCGCGCGUCCGCGGCGGGUGGUGAGGCGAGUCGCCCGCUGGAGGACCACCCGCGCAUAGAGCAGCGGAGGGCCGGGCGUCCCGGGGGCCGCUGGGGGCAGGGCUGGGGGCCCGCAAGCCCCCUCCUCCCCCACCGGCGCCCGCGGCCAUGGCAGCGCCGGGGGACCCGCGGCGGCUCUACCGGCUGGUGCAGGAAGGCCGGCUGUGCGCCCUGCGGGAGGAGCUGCGGGGAGCCGGGCGCGCCAGCUGCCCGGGGCCGGGCGGGGACACCCUCCUGCACUGCGCCGCCCGCCUCGGGCAUCGGGACGUGCUGGCCUAUCUGGUCGAGACCUGGGACAUGGACAUCGAGGCCGCCAACCGAGACUACAAGCGACCUCUGCACGAGGCUGCCUCGCAGGGCCACCGGGACUGCGUGCGCUAUCUGCUGGGCAGAGGAGCCGCGGUCGACUGCCUGAAGAAAGCCGACUGGACUCCUUUGAUGAUGGCCUGCACAAGGAAGAAUCUGGAGGUGAUCCAGGACCUUGUAGAACAUGGUGCCAACCCACUUCUAAAGAACAAAGACGGCUGGAAUAGUCUCCACAUUGCCAGCCGAGAGGGUGACCCUCUGGUCCUCCAGUACUUGCUCACUGUUUGCCCAACGGCCUGGAAGACAGAGAGCAAAAUCGGGAGAACUCCUCUGCACACGGCAGCAAUGCAUGGCUGUUUAGACGCAGUGAAGGUCCUUCUCCAGAGGUGCCACUACGGAGCCGACUGCGCGGACAGCUGUGGCUGCACACCCUUCAUGGACGCAGUUCAGUGCGGCCACGUCGAUGUGGCCCAGCUGCUGCUCGAACAGCACCAGGCUUGCUGGGCGGCGCGGGACGCCCUGGGCGCACAGGCCAUCCACAGGGCGGCCGUCACUGGGCAGGACGAGGCCCUCCGCUUCCUGGUGUCCGAGCUGGGCGCCGACGUGGACGCCAGGGCAGCACCGAGCCGCCUGACGCCACUGCAUUUCGCCGCUAAGGAAGGACACGUGAGCACAGUCCGGGUGCUCCUAUCCUUGGGUGCCAACAUCAAUUCCAAAGAUGAAAGAAACCGAUCAGCCCUGCAUCUGGCCUGCGCCGGCCAGCACACGGCCUGUGUCGAGCUCCUCCUGCGGUCCGGGCUGAGCGACUCCCCAGACGUCUCGGGCACCCUGGCUCGGCAGCUCGCUCGCAGCGCAGACAUCCUUCAGUGCUUUGACCACCACCCCGAGUCCUGAGGGUGCUUCUGAGCAAGGACAGGCACAGUGACCACAUCCUGCUGCUGCCGUUAUUGGGGUCCCCAGCCAGAGGGCCGUGAGGACGCCGGCUCCUGAGCCCUGUGACCUACACAUGGCGUCUUUCCAGGACCUGGAUUCUGCUUUUUCUGCCCUUCAAGUGGAAUUAGGGGAUGUUCAUGAAGCCAGUGUCUGGAGCCCUUAGAGAAGCACGUGACCCACGUGAAUGUAACCCAGAGUACGUGUUCACGUAAAUAGGUCAGAUUUUUUAUGAGCAAUGUUAUGAGGGAUGUUAUGACAAUGAUUUUAACGGUCCAAGAGCCGUAAACAUAACCAGCCUGCCACUUCCUUCCUUCCUCGCUUUUUCUUGGUCAUUACAAUGGUUUCGUAGCCAGGAAGGAGAUGCCUACACAGAUAUCUGAGAGAAAAUAAUGGAAAUAUUUGUACAUUCUAAGCGCUGCUAGUUAAGCCAUAACGCUUUAAUCUUGAGGUUAUUUUUACUUGAUGGUUCUGUGUUGGCUUUCUUCAGAUAACAAAUACACCUAAAAAUGCA